GUGUGUGUGCGCGCGCGAGCGUUUGUGUGUGUUAAACAGCGCGCUGCUUCAGCUGCUGACUUCCUUAUUCCAGUAAAACUUUUUAGUCGCGUUCGGGUUUUUCUCCCGUGCGGUGUGUCGGAUGUCUGGAAUCGGAAUUUCUUCCUUUCUUCUCUUCAUUAUUCGGUGAUCUGCUGAUCGUUAUUCCUGCCGUUACAGGGAGCGCGUGCGUCUGGAUCACGGCGUAGGAUGUUAACACCAUAGUGUUAUAGAGAACCCUUGUGCUAAUCCAUGAGCAGAAUCAUGUUUGGAUAUUGGAUAACCUCGAUUUUGUUCCUGUCCACGUUAUGUGAGCUGUUCACAGCAGCACGCUCGUCAGAGAACGACUCACAGCAGAAAUCCAGGAACGAAACCCACGACAUCGGCGACACUCGCAACAAGAUCAUGAUGGCCCAGUUUGAGUGCUACCAAAAAAUCACCAAGGACAACAAUCGAGAUCGAAAUGCUGGGCUGAUGUGUAACCGCACAUGGGACGGCUGGCUGUGUUGGGACGACGUGGAGGCUGGAAACACAGCAACACAACACUGUCCGGAUUACUUCAUGGACUUCGACACUUCUGAGCUGGCUACGAAAAUCUGCACCGAAUCUGGCAAGUGGUUUGUCCACCCUUUCAGCAACCGAACCUGGACCAAUUUCACAACCUGUACGCAAUUCACUGUCGAGCGUCAGCAGACAGCGAUUAACCUCUACUACCUGGUCCUGAUCGGUCACGGACUGUCGCUGAUCUCUUUGCUGGCUUCUUUAGGGAUAUUCUUCCACUUCAAGAGCCUAAGUUGCCAGAGGAUUACGCUUCAUAAAAACCUUUUCUUCUCCUUCGUACUGAAUUCUGUCAUAACAAUUAUCUCCUUCACGGCUGUUGUGAACAACCGGGAGGCCAAUCCUGUGAGCUGUAAGGUGUGCACCUUUAUCCACCUGUACAUUCUGGGCUGUAUGUAUUUUUGGAUGCUGUGUGAGGGAAUCUAUCUCCACACACUCAUCGUGGUGGCUGUGUUUGCCGAGAAGCAGCGCCUCAUCUGGUAUUAUCUGUUGGGUUGGGGAUUUCCUCUUAUCCCCGCUGUCAUACACGCUGUAGCCAGAAGCUAUUACUACAACGACUUUUGUUGGAUCAGUUCAAAUACGUCUCUGCUUUAUAUUAUCCACGGACCCGUUUGUGCCGCCUUACUGGUGAACCUGUUCUUCCUCCUGAACAUUGUUCGGGUGUUAAUCACCAAGCUGAAAGUAACCCACCAGGCAGAGACCAGCCUCUACAUGAAGGCAGUGAGAGGCACGCUGAUCCUCGUCCCUCUCCUGGGCAUCCAGAUCGUCCUGCUGGAAUACAAACCCGAGGGCCACCGGACCAACGAGAUCUACGCAUACAUGAUGGCCAUCCUGAUCCAUUACCAGGGUCUGCUGGUGGCCACAAUCUUCUGCUUCUUCAAUGGAGAGGUCCAGGGUGUGUUACGGCGUCACUGGAAUCAGUACCGUAUUCAGUUCGGCAGCACGUUCGCCAACACAGAGGCACUGCGCUCGACGUCCUACACCGCCUCCUCCAUGACCGAGGUGCACCGUUGCUACAGCAUCGACAGCCACAUGGACACGCUGAACGGCAAGAGCUUCCACAGCCUGGAGACCACCAUCCUCCGCUCAGAUAACAUCUACAUGUGAGGAGUGCUGUACACUUUCUACACACUCCAAGACAACAAACAGAGACAACCGUGAGCCUCCAUUCGAGCGUCCACGCUGGGGGGCUAUCAAAAGGACUUCGGCACUGAAAGCGCCUUUUGCUGUGAAUUCCAGAUAACAUCUUCCGUGAUUUCCUAACGAGAGCGGGAUUAUUAGUGUGAGCCGAGGACCGACACAGAACACAGAGGGAGGCUAGAACCCACAUGAAUAAUGAACACGAGCGCUGAUGAAAGCGCCGCCCGUUGGCCGCGCUCGCAAUCUUAAACAGGACGGCAUGUGGGAUUAGCAACACACGAGAGACUUUACAAGAAAUCUGGAUUACAUUCCCUCUGGCUCGGAAAGGACGUUCUGUGAGAUUUGGGAUAACAAAAAGGAAAGAAAGAAAAAAAAAAAUUCUAUACUGGGUGUAUUGAUUGUGAAACUCCAUCUGGUCUUUGUUGUGUUUCUGCACUUGAUGGGUUGAAAGGUUUCUGGAAAAGGGGACUUCAUGAAAAAACGGACACAGACCACAGUAAGGAGACGCGCAAAGCCUAUAAGCCUUUAUUUAUGGAAAAGCAGUUAUGUCUUCAACUCUUUACGCUAACAGCUUGGGGAAUUCAAACUCCUCGUGUGCUUAGAAAUGUCUUAAACAUGGAUAAUACCGACUAUAUCUAUAUUUUAAUACAGCACCAAAAACGGCUCAUUAUUUUAUAUAUCGUCGCUGUCGGGCGGAAUCCUCGUAUCUCCAAAACCGUUAUUUUUCAGGAAAUUAAAAAAACACCGUACCUUAUCUGCAGUGCACAGGGUUUAGUCCGCGUUGCAGUGGAUUGUCUUGCGCUAAAUUCCUGUCCUCAGACGAGCACCAGAACUAGCGGGGGUCAAGAUUUUUUUUUCAGUGUUUUGAAGACAUUUACCUCAGAAGACGUGUUGAUUCGUUGCGACUCUUAUCGAGGAGAAAUAUGACGUGAAGCUCUCCCACGGAGUGAGGAAGAGGUGGACAGUUGAAGUGUCCAAUGGAGUUAUGAGAUUUGCGCUCAAGCUAUUUUCAAGACUUUAGAUUGGUUAAUAACAUGUAAAAAUAACAGACCCACGUGGGGACUGACCAAUAGCAUCGAUAUGUGAAGAAAUAUGAAAUUGACCAAAUUUGGACAUACGAGGUUUCAGCCCGACAGCGACGAUAUAUAUAUAUAUGACUGAUUUUGUGCUGUAUUGUUUAUUUAAAUCAGUUUACUGCUUAGCAAAGCUCUUACUCGAAAAGGAAAUAGUCUAUUUCUUGUUUUUUUCCUUCACUUUCACAAUCAGCAUAGACACGUUUACGAUUUUCAGAUGGAUUAAUAAAUAGAUGAGCACAGGAGGCCUUAUUCAGCAUGUCUUUAUGUCUGGAACAUAUGGGCGCUUGACAUAUUCUUGCGUAUUACUUAUUUUUAGGGCAUUUCAACUUCGUAUGCUGGAAAACCUCAAACAAACUGCUCACACUGUACAACAAUGUACAACAAACCAUGUAAAUAGACUUGUCGAGAGAGACGGAUGUCAGUGCGAGUGUACGCUUUGUGUAUUUAUAAACGCAUAACAAUCAGCGCUUGCAGUCAGUUACGAGCCGUAUCGACAUCUCUUCUGUGUAAUCUAUCGAUUGUUAUCUAUUAGCGGGCAAAAAAAUCCUUCGUACCUUUUAAAUUGUUCGUCUUUAUCACAUGGCAUGCAGGUAGGGUUUACAGAGGCGGGGCGUGACGAGCGUGGCGCCGCGCCGCAGAAACGCCGUGUCAGUGUCGUAGUUUUUCCUUAUAAGUUAUUUGUAUUCUGAGGAUUAUACUUUAUAGGUUGUAAUCAUAUUGCGGAGUUUACUUCUUCAGUAUUUUAUUUGUAUUGUAUUGCUUUCACACCAUAGUGUACUUGUUCUUAAGAAUACAAAUGCAACCAUAUAAAGUUGUUUAUUGAACCAGCA